UUGAGCAGAGCCUAAGAGAGAUUUAGUGAAUGAUGGUCUAAUGUGCGUAAUAAUUACUGAAUGUCAGUUUUUGAAACCAGUUUCCCAGUUGUUGACAGGCAGAGUGACAGAGCGUCCCUGAAAGCAGCAAUUAAUUCAAAAACAACACAAUGCCACUUGUCGGCUGUUACAUUUUUCCUCAUGGAGCUAUUUCGCUGGAUCCUUCUACUCGAGACCUGACUAAAGUUCCGGCAUACAGGCCCAACACAAAACGGGACUGUCUCAAACUUCACGCCGCCAUGAACCUGCAGGCAAAAAUACUUGUCGAAAGUAAACCCAAUGUCAUUUUUCUUACCACGCCUCAUGGAUUGAGACUCAGAGAGAAUUUCGUGGCACAUGGGAACACAAUGUCUUCUGGAAGUGCAGAGUGGGACGGUGAUUGGGUGAACUUCAAGGCAGAUAUUGAAAUCGAUACGGAAAUUACAAUAAAACUAGUGGAUUCGUUAAAGGAAAGUGGAAACUUGAUAGAGAUGCUGAUGGUAGGGGCUCCCGACAAUCAAAAAUUACCUCUCAAUUGGGGAGAGGCAAUUCCAAUGUGGUUUAUCAACGAGGCGUAUAAAGCUCAGUCUCUUUCCCCUCCGAAGUCAGUAAUUAUUGGAAUGCCAACAAGUUAUGCUCGAGUUCCGGAGAAAAUUCCGGAUCUUGUGAAAAUAGGACGAGACAUUUGGACUUUCUUGAAAUCAGAAUUGCAGGAGAAGCGUGUGGCGGUGGUAGUCAGUUGUGACCUUUCGCACUACCAUUCCACUGACCCCACAAGUCCAUAUCCCUUCGACCCAGAUGCUCAACCUUUCGAUGACCUUUGCGUUCUCUGGUCCAGGUUGGACAUUGAUAGGGACUCUGCUGCAGAAGGGGGCAAAAGUAGUGACACUUUACUCAAGAAAGCAGGAUCAAUUACUGAUCACAUUGGGUCCUGUGGUUACACAGGUUUGGCAUUAUUACAAGGAAUCCUUGCCUCCUGUGCAACCGAUCCUGAUCAAACUAUUGCUCAAGAGUUUGUCUCAAAUUUUAUCGAGUACUCUUGGCCAACUUAUUAUGGCAUGCUGGUAGCACAUUUUGUUCCAAGAAUGAUCUAAUAAAUGUCCAUAUAAUUGCUGUCUUGGCAGUAGAACACCCUUGUUAAAUAUACUGAAUUUUCGAUAAAUUAAAUGAACAAUAAAUUCAAGGAACGACGACGAUUCGGCAUAAACAUUACACAUGUA